AUGGAGUCCCCAACAUCUUCCACACCUCGGACGCGCACGUACGCCUGCAGCUUAUGUGCGCGCCGAAAGGUGCGGUGCGACAAGACGGACCCGUGCUCGAACUGCGCCAAGGCCCAGGCCAAAUGCGUUUACGUAGCUCCGCCCCUGGCGAGGCCCCGGAAGCGGCCAGCCGACCAUGAACUGCGCUCACGGCUUGACGAGUACGAAGCUCUCUUGGCAAAGCACGGCAUUGACUUUGGACCGCCAAGUCAUGUCUGGAUCCAAUCGGGCCUAGAGCAGCUCGUUCCAGCUCCGGAUGCCAGUGAACGAGCAACCCCCACCGCGCCGUCAACCAAGCUUCAAGCGGACUUAGCAGAGGAGAGGCCGGAAUUGCGGCAUCCGCCUAUCCAGACCUUCGCGGGGAAUGGCCUAACGCCGUUUCCCCAGAGCAGCCGAGGGACAAAUGGCAGCCCCCUCCAGUCUUUGUUCCAAUCCCGGGCGUCACUGCCAGAUGUGCGCCAGCUGCACCCCGAACCGAUCCAUAUCUUCAAGCUGUGGCAUAUCUUCAUUGACAAGGUCAACCCGUUGACCAAGAUUGUGCAUGUCCCAACUCUGCAGCAGAGGAUCUUGGAUGUCAUCUUCGACUUAAGUGCCAUCCAGCAGCCUCUGCAAGCGAUGAUGUUUGCGAUCUACACACUAACCAUCACUACACUCUCUGCCGAGGAGUGCGACAAACUCUUCGGAGAGACCCGAAGUGUCCUCCUACAGAGAUACAAAACAGCAACAUUGCAGUCGCUAAUGGCUGCAGACCUUUUCGUCACCAGGGACCUCGAGGUACUUCAGGCUUUGACACUCUUCCUCCUGGCCGACCCAUUGUCCGACUUGACUUGCACGCUAGCGGCUGUGGCCGUACGACUUGCCCUCCAGAUGGGCGAACAGGAGCACGAUGUGCCAAAACUCUCUGUGUUUGAACGAGAGAUGCGGAUCCGCCUCUUCUGGCAGCUCCGUCGGCUAGACGCUUGUGUGCAGCCUAAAACAGCAACCGCAAGCCAUCCGUACAUCCGCUGCGCCUUCGGCGACAUGCGUCUCCCCCUGAAUGUCAACGACAGCGAGCUACACCUGGACAUGACGGAGUUUCCGCUCGAGCACACGGGCCCGACCGAGAUGCUCUUUGUCCUCUUGCGAUACGAGACCAUCCACUGGCUGCGAACGUCUGCAAUUGUCGCUCAGAUUUUCAAAAGCCCCCGUGACUCGCGGGUUCCGGCUCUCAAGGAGAAGGCCGUCGCAGAACUCUGGAAGGUUCUCCAAGAAAAGUACCUCAACCGCUGCGAUAUGCGUAUCCCACUUCACGCCCUGUCCGUCCUUACGACCAAGCUCGCCAUCGCCCGCAUCCGCUUCAAGGCCAGUCACCCCAGGCUGGGGCUCGCACACCUGCCAGAGAUUCAAGAAGAGCACGAUCUCAUCUUUGAGACCGGGCUGCAACUCCUGGAGCUCGGUCACGAGAUCCAGCAUCACCCACAUUUUGCGCCGCCGCUCCUCUGGCGCAUGACCACCCACUCCCGGCCUUCGGCGGAUGCAUACAUCUACGUGAUCAGCGAGCUGCGGCGGCGCUGUAGCGGCGAUCGUGUGGCCGACGCCUGGCGGGUGGUGGAGAGGCUAUUUGAUGAACAUCUUGAGCUCACCGCUGGGGCCGACAACCACCGGCAGUUCUACCUUGCUUUUGGUGAUCUCACUCUGGAAGCCUGGGAUGCACGGCGAGCCGAGUUGUUUGACUCGGAGAUGGAGAGGGAGGCUGCCCCCGAACCGCCGUUUAUCCAGCGGCUGCGUGCUACGAGGGCGCAGAGGGAGCUUGCAGACGCGUCGAUAUCGCUUGCAGAUGCAAGUGUGGAUUGCCAUGUGAACACCGAGGCCGAGGUCGGAUGGGAGAACUGGAGCGAUGUUUUCCAGCUUGUUUGA